UAAUAAUCAACAUCAUCAUCAUCAUCAUCACAUUGUUGUCAUCUUUGUAAUUAUUGUUGACAAGGCCCCUGUAUUAAUGAAAAAGAAUGCAACAAAAUGAGCUAUAGUAACAGCAGUAGUAACAUUUCGACUAAAAGUGGCUGUACAGGAUUUAUUGCACAUUCAAUUAAUCCGACAAGAUGUCGAAAAUGUUAUAAAGAUAUCAGUGAACAUCGUCAACAACAACAACAACAACCGUCAAAUGAUUCAACUAACUUACAGCCAUUAUCUUCAGAAAAUCAACGAUUUAAACGACCACAACGUAGUUCAUCAUUAAAAUUGGAUUCAUCAUCCGAUCAUUCACAAUCGGUUUCAUUUACAUUGAAACCGAAAUGUGUAAAAUUUUCUGAUACAAAAAAUGUUGAUGAUGAUGAUGGUGGUGGCAAUGAAAAUAAAAAUCAAGAAAUCGAUGAUAAUGAUCCGAUCGAUGUUGCCUUUACCGUUUGUGUUCAAAAAUCACCCAAAACAUCAACGUCGUCGGAAAAUUUCCAAAAAAAUGAACAAGAUUAUCAAAGCCGUAUUCAAGAAUUAAGUCAACAACUAACCAAGUCAAAGGAAAAAAUUGAUCUACUUGAAAGCAAAAAUAAAGAAUUUGAAAAUAUGUGUAAAACUUUUGGAAAAAUGUCUGCAACCGAAAGUGGUCGAGGAACUUCAAUCCGACAAAAUUUCGAUGAAAUGGCCAAACUAAAACAAAGUGUAACAGAUAUGCAAAAUGAAAUUAAAACAUUGAAAAAUGAAAAGAAAACAUUGGAAGAUAAAAUAAAACGAACCAGCAACGAUACUGUGAAUGAACUACGAAGCAAACUUAUACAAUCGGAAAAAUUAAUCGCACAGCUUACACAAGAAAAUGAAGAUAUUAAAAAAGAUGUUAAAGAAUUGGAGGUAGAAUUUCAAGAAUUACAUGACAAUUUUCGUGAAGAUCAAUCGUCUGAAUUUCGUGUGAUAAAACAUGAACUUGAAGCAAUGUCUAAAAAUUGUCGUGUUUUACAAUUUAAAUUGAAAAAAGCUGAACGAACUGUUGAACAAUUAGAAAAUGAAAAAUUGGACAUGCAAAAACAAUUACAUGAUCUAUAUGAAACAACACAGAUGGAUGUUGAUAAACGUAAAAUGAAAGAAUUGGAAAAUGAAUUAUCUAUUGCUAAGGAAGUAUCGCUUAAAUUACAUGCCGAAAUUGAACAGCUAAAAGAAGAACGGCUAAUCAAUAUGGAACAAUUGCAACAACUACAACAAAAUAGUAAUACUAAUAAUAACAAAUUAACGUCAACAACAAAUGAUAGUAGCCGUAAACCAUUUGGUAAAUUAUCGCCAUCACCAUCGUUUGAUCAGAACACAAAAGAUUAUGAACAAGUUGUUCGUGAUCUAUACGAUACGAUGGAACGUGAAAAAGAUCUUCAAGAACAGCUCAAAUUUUCCGAAGAAGAAACACGUACAAUGAGAAAAAAAUUAUCGACAAUGGAACAGGAAAAUGAAAUUCUAAUGUUACAGAUAAGAAAAAUGACUUCGAAAAAUAAUCAAGCUAAAGAUGAAGAUGAAAGUGAAAGUGAUGAAUUGAAUCCAGAAGAAAUGAAACUUCAUCUUGAAUUAUAUGAACAAGAAAUGAUUGUAUUAAGAAGAAAAACUGAUGAACUUGAACAGGAAAAUGAAAAUUUUCAACAAGAAAUUAAAUAUCUACAGGAUAAAUUAGUAUCACAGCCAAUAACAAAAGUAGAGAUACCCGAAAUACCGGCUGGAUCACCACCCAAUGUCAUUUAUGAUCAUAAGAUUAAAAUACUUGAAACUGAAGCUCGUGAAUUGCGAAAAAAAUUAGUGGAUAAAGAAAAAGAAAAUGAAAGUCUUCGUACCGAAGUAGAAUUACAUCGGCGACGAGCAUCGAAAGUGAUUAAUCGUAGCCGUAGUUUAGAUUCUGAAGGACAAUCAUUAGAUAUGAAAAAACAAUUACAAUUAUUUGAACAAGAGGCAAACAUUUUGCGACAAAAAUUGAUCGCAUUAGAAAAUGAUAAUGAGAAAUUAUUGAAUGAAAAUAAACGAUUACAAUUACGUAUCAGUAAAAAACCUCCACCGGGACCGGUCGAUCAAUUGCAAAUCGAAAACAUUGAAUUGAAAGAUAAAAUACGUGAACUGGAACGUAAAUGUGAUUCAUUGAAAACUGAUCUAAUGAAUACAAAAUUGAAUACUGAAACAACUGAAACUGAAACGGAUUUUAUUGCCAAUCUAAAGAAACAAUUGCGACAAAAAGAGAAUGAUCUGGCUAAUCAGCAAUCCAAAUUAGCCCAAAUGGAUAUCGAAAUGGCUAAAAUCAAUCGUGAAUAUAAAAAACUUAAAGACUCUUUAAAUCCAAGACGAAGAGUAAAUCGAGUGAUUCGAGAAACAGCUACACGUUUGGAAUUGAAAGAAAUAAUAAAAGAAAUGGAAGAAGAAACAGAACAUUUACAGACAAACAUACGUGGUAAAGAUGCUGUCAUUGAGAAUUUGGCCGAAGAGGUAUCAGAAUUGAAACGAUCGAUACAAGAAUUGGGACAGCAACAAAAAUCAAAUAAUAUUGGUGCAAAUAAUAUAAAUAACAAGUACGGUAUUGAAAAUUCGGACCAACAUGAAACAAAUAAAGCGGAUGAUCUGAAAAAACGAUUAGAAGAGGAACAACAUCGUUCGAAAAGCCUACAGGAAAAACUCGACAAAUUGGUUCAAACGCCAACCAAAAAGAAUGAUGAUAAACUUCAAAAAGAGUGUAAAGAUUAUUUGCAAAAAAUCAACGAUUUAAAGGCUGACGUACAACGAUACAAAACGAAUGCCGAUGAUUUGAAUAAUAAAUUAUCCGAAUUUAUUCAAAAUAACAAACAAUUGAAUAAUGAUAAUGGCAAACUACAACAACAACUCAAACAAUCCGAUGAAAAGAUCAAUGAAUUGACAAAGAAAUUAAAAACAAGUGAAAAAUUUGAAAAAGAAUUAAAUAACAAACUUGAUGAAAUGAAAAAAGAAUUGGAACGUGUACAGAAUUUGAACAGCCAGCUUAUAAAUAAUGUCGAUUCAAAUACCAAAUAUAAAGCUGCCACUAUCGAUAGUGGCGAUAAUCGAUCUAUUACCUUACAGAAAGAAUACAAUGAAAUGAAACGAAAAUUGGACGAAUCUCGUAUGACCAUUAAUGAAUUACAGAAACAACUUGAAAGACAACAAAAUGAAUUUAAAGAAAAAGAGAACAAAAUUCGUGAAGAAUUUAAUCAAAAAGUAGAAAUAACGUCUAAAAAUGUACGAAAAGAAGUACAUCAUGAAUUACAAUCACUGCGAGAAGAAUCGACCAAUUAUAAGAAUCGUUCUACAGAAUUGGCAACAAAAUUGGAAAAAGCCGAAAAAGAUUUGAAAGAAUUGAAUGAAAAACUUAAAUCCAAUAAUGUGCAGGUGAGAAAAGAACAGAAUGAAUCGAUGGAAAAGAUUCAAGGAUUGGAGAAUCAAUUGAAAAAUGAACAAAGAAAACGAGAACGAUUGGAAAAAGAGGUUGAAAAUGUUGGUCGUGGCCGUGAAGAGGAAUUAUUACGAUCACAGGAAAGAAUUGUUCAAUUGGAGCGUGAAAUCCGACGACAUCAGGCCAAACUUGAUGACGUUGAAUAUGAAUAUACAAAUCGUAUCAAUUCAAGUGAAAAAGAAUUGAAUAAAAUCAAACAAGAUUAUGAUGAUUUGACAAAUAAAUAUGAUAUGUUGGAAAAAGAUUAUGUGGAUUUAAAAUCAAGAGCUGUGGCUGAAAAAGAAACGCUUGUCGAAGCUGUUGGAUCAUUAAAAAAGAGCUAUGAAGAAAAACUGAAUGAAAUAAAAUCAUUGAAAGAAACAUCGAUGAGCCAACGAAAAGAAUGGUAUAAAGAAAAAUUGACUUUACAGGAGCGUAUUGCCGAUCUAGAAUCAAAACUCAAUAAAGCUAAUUUAAUUGAAGAAGAACAUAAACGACUAAAAGUGUUGUUGUCGGAAAAAGAAAAUCUUCUGAAUUCAUAUCGUAAAGAGGAACGAGUUCAUAAUGAAGAACGUGAGCGUAAUCGUAUUAAAAUUGAUGCAUUACAAACGAGAAUUACUGAACUUGAACGAGUGGAACGAAACACCAGAUUUAUGAAUAUUACUGGUCGAGCACAAGUCGAUAAAGAGUUACAAGACUAUCGUAUACGAUUAGAACAUUCAGAGACAUCACAUAAAGGUGAAUUGGCUGCAUUACAUGCGGAAUAUGAGAGUCGUAUGAGAUUAUUAGGCGAAGAAGUUGAACAUUUACAACAACAAAUGGUACAUUUAGCGCAAGAACGUGAUAGGUAUCGAGAAUCUUUGGAAAAAUCAAACAAAGAUCAGGGAACAUUUAAAGGCACUUUUCGAAAUGAAAUUGAAGAUCUACAUUCACAGUUACGUAUUGUUCGAACAGAUUUAGAAGGAGCAUUAUUAGAAAAUCGUAAUCUAAAAAUUCAACAUGGCACGGAAAAAAGCACAUGGCAAAUACAGUUGGCCGAAUAUAAAACAAAGAUUAAUCAAUUAGAAGAAAGGAUUUUAUUGGAGACACGAGGUUCAACUAGAAAUUAUGCUCGUACAAAAAUGGAAUUAGCAUGGGAAAAAGAACGACAAGAAAACUUGCGGUUAUUGCAGGAUACGCAAAAAUUCAUUCAAGAAUUACGUGAUAAAUUGGUGGGUAGUGAAAGUCUUCAUGAAAAAGAACGUGAACAAGCACGUCGACAGUUGUUAGAAUUGAAGACAAAUAUGGAUAAAGAACAUGUUGAGACUCAGCAAAAAAUUGCCGAACUUCAAUUUGAUUUGUUAGCAUUAAAAGAAGUGCACGCAAGGCUAAAAUCUCAAAAUGAGCGCUAUAAACGAGAACGGGGAAUGUUUGAAAAAGCUAAAAUGAAUUUCAUUGAUACUGAAAUGAUCGAAUUACGUAAAAUAGUUGAUUCGAUACAGAAAUCGCCGACAACGACCAGUUCAUCAGCAAAAACUUUCCGUUCAUCUACCCAACAAACCACAACAAAAAACCAACAACAAGAAGAAAUUGUCGCAGCUAUCAAUCAACUUAAGGAACGUUUAAAUUCUCGAUAUAAUGAGAUGAUGCAGGAGGCUCGAGAAGCAUCACAAAUUAGCGUCUCAUCCAAUUUGAAUGGCCGUUAUACUGGCGGUUCUAGUUCAUCAUUAACAUCGACAACUAAUCUACCGCCACCAGGUCAAAUAAAACGUGCACCACCUAGACUUAAAUUGGUCAAAAAGUCAUUAUCAUUGGAUCAACAACUUCGUGGAGCUUCACAAGAACGUAUCUGGGAUUCAGAUCACUCAUUAAACAGUACACCGAAUUCAUCUAUUAGUAAUCUUCGUGGUCGCUAUGCAUAUGGUGGUGGCUAUGAAUCCGAUUCUUCUGGAUCUGGAUUUUUCGCUCCAUCUAAUACAAUGCUUCGUUUGCGACCAGGAUUCUCUAAAGAUUCAUCAUUCGCUGGUGGUAGUGAUUCUGAUACAAGUGUUUUAUCAUCAGCUGAGCCAAAGAAAACUUUAAAAGAAAGAUUUAAAAUUAGAAAAUCAUCCAAAUCAUCUGAUGAUGAAGCGUUAAAACAGAAACUUGCAUUGCAAGGAUUUGAAAAAAGUCCAAUCGAGUUGGCUAAACAACGUGAAAAGAAGGAAAAAAGUCUUCGAUAUAAAAUAUCUAAAACAUUAUCGAAAACUUUCUCUCGUAGCGCUUCCGUGUUAUCGGAAACACCAGAAACACAAUCUUCAAAACAGCAUCAAUCGAUCAAUAGGACUAAAUCACCGACAAGGUCAAAAUCACCGGAAGUGAAAAAGUUGCAUCAAGAAUCAAGUUCUAUGGUCAUUCCUGGUAUAGCCCAAUUGAAACAGAAACCAACGCAAUCAAAUCUAGCAAUACCACCGUCAAAACGUUCACCACCACCAAAAAUAAAAAUCUAUCGUACCGAAACAAAUGUAUGAAAAUUGAACUUAUCGAAAUCCCCCAAAUCAUU